AUGAAUAUUUUAAGGCUAUUCACAGAGAAGGCUAAUCACCAGGCCCUCAAGCCGAUUCUCUGUUCCAAUUUCAUUAGCAAGCCACUACAGGUCUCCCUUAGUGGUUCUCAUACCACACCAUUUCUUCAAUUUACCGAUGACGAUAAGCUUAUUGUACCGAACGAGAUGGCAAAAUUUAUUCUCAACCAAGGGGAUAACAAGGGGCGUUUAACUUUGGAGUUCUCUAAAAAUGGGUUUCCGUCGAAGCUGUAUGCUCCCGUUGAUCAAGAGACCACAUCUGAUGAGAUGUUGUGGUUGGAAUGGGAAUCGAAUCACUUUGCUAUGGCUGUCGAGCCGCUCUACUCCAAGGGUUGUGUAACCCUCGAGGCUAGGGAGGCUUUUCGAAGCCUUGAUCAUGCUAUUGAGAAGAAUAAGGAUAAGGGCAUAUGCAUCAUUUCCUCAGAGCCACUUCAAAUUUCAUUCUUAGUGGAUACUGUGGUAUUUUGUGGGGUCUUUCCGGCUUUGUGUGAGGGUGGAAUCCUACCCGAUGAAGAGCGUGAGACGCUGCCACAUUUAAUGGAAUGGUUUCGCGUAUAUCAGUGCUUACACGAGGAGCUUCUGGAUACUGCAUGCGAAGCGUUGUCGGUUCAGGAGCCGGGUGAUUUUUUGAGGGCUCCACGUAAGUACAAGAUAUCACCGAAACUCGAAAAGACUUUCUUUGUUACAACCCCAAUCUACUAUGUGAAUGCUGGGCCUCAUAUUGGCCACGUGUACAGCACCCUUAUCGCUGAUGUACUUGGACGUUACCACAUAGUUAAAGGAGAAAAUGUCUUUAUGACUUCAGGAGCGGAUGAGCACGGCCAGAAGGUUGCUGAGUCUGCGAAGCAGAAUAAUCUAACACCGUAUGAAUUUACAACCAAGAUGAGUGGGGAAUUCAAAGAGUGUUUUGAGCGGAUGGGUUACAACGUGAAUUAUUUCAUCCGCACUACCUCUGAAUUCCACAUGAAGGUGGUCCAAUCUGUAUGGUCUAAGAUGGAAGCGAAGGGAGACAUUUACCUUGGCUGCUAUAAGGGCUGGUACUCGGUAAGCGACGAAUCAUUUUUGACUCAACAGAACAUUGCGGAUGGCGUCGACAAGGACGGUAAGCCUUGCAAGAUCAGCUUGGAAAGUGGCCACGUUGUUUCGUGGGUUGAGGAGGAGAACUACAUGUUUCGUUUAAGCAAUUUCAGUGAUCGGCUACUUGAAUACUACCACAGCAACCCUGAUUGUAUUGUUCCCGAAUUUCGUCGCCGUGAGGUGAUCCGGUUGGUUGAAAAGGGGCUGAUGGAUCUCUCUGUCUCCCGAAAGUUCGCAUCCGUACAAGGCUGGGCGAUUCCUGUUCCGGGGAACAAAGAGCAUUGUAUCUAUGUCUGGGUGGAUGCGCUUUUCAAUUACCUAAGUACAGCUUGCAUGGAUAUUCAGCCCGACGGAUCGGUCGCUAUGUUGGACGAGUCGAAGCUGGAAUGCUGGCCUCCUGAUAUACAUGUGGUUGGCAAGGACAUCCUCAAGUUCCACUCCAUUUACUGGCCGGCAUUUCUCAUGUCCGUGGGUCUGCCUCUGCCGAAGAGGUUGGUAGCACACGGGUGGUGGACUAAGGAUCACAAGAAGAUCAGCAAAUCUCUCGGCAAUGUGUUCGACCCUGUCCAAAAGGCAGAAGAGUUUGGUUGCGAUGCUCUCAAGUACUUUUUACUUCGUGAAUCAAACUUCUCUGAUGAUGGGGACUAUAGUGACAAGAACAUGGUUGCUCGACUGAACUCUGAGCUUGCCGACACUCUUGGGAACUUGGUGAUGCGUUGUGUGGCGCCUAAAGUAAAUGUCAAGGGUGUAUGGCCGAACCCAGGACCCUACAACGCCAACGACCAGGAGUUAAUUCAGUCUAUUAAAGACCUCAGUGGGACGAUGGACCACUUCUACUGCUUGCCGGACAUUCAGAAGGCUCUGAUUGCUGUGUUCGAUGUACUACGCCAGCUUAAUGGGUAUGUCACGGAGAACACGCCGUGGAAGCUGGUGAAGACCGAUACGGACCGGCUUGGGACAGUGCUAUAUGUUAUCAUGGAGGGGGUUCGGGUUUGUGUGACACUGCUGCAGCCAGUCCUCCCAACAAAGUCGGCCUUGAUUCUUAAGAUGCUUGGUGUUCCGGAGGAAAAAUGGAUCGGGGUUGAAAACUUUGUUUUUGGUAUCAUGGAGCCCGGUACUAAGAUAGCGCCCCCAGAUGAAGGGGAGGUUAUCUUCAAAAAAAUGACACUGCCAACUGAGACUUCAUAA